AUGAUCCCGUUUGGUAUCGGCGGGAUCAUUAGUGUUUACUUCGGUAAUUAUUUGAAGCAUUCAGAUUCCAGAAUCAGAGUAUUUGUGCCUUCAAACCAGGGAAGGAAUGCACAGAGAACAAAACAAGAAGAGUCAGAAAAAACGCCGCAACCAAAAAUCUGUGUCGUCGCUGUUAUCGUUUGCACAGCAUGGGGAGCUGUGCCCCCAUACCCGCGAUACCCGGCCUACCCACCUCCUCGUUACCACAAGCCCGCCCCCUACGUCCAACACCCAGAACCUCACUAUGAUGUUCCGGCCAAGUACGCGUAUGCUUAUGACGUCAACGACGACUACCAGAAGCUGAAGUUCGAUAAGAGCGAGUCCCGCGAUGGCUACAAGACCGAGGGUUCGUUCUCUGUGGACCUUCCCGACGGUCGAAAACAGAUUGUCACCUACGCUGAUAACGGCGACGGCCUCCUCGCUGAAGUUAAAUACGAGGGAGACAUCGUCGUCGCCCCCUACCACUCCCCGGCGCCCGCCUACAAGCCACCCCCACCCCAUUACCCUGCACCCCACCCUGCAUACCCAAGGAAGCCCUACUUCCCUCCUUACCCAUCCCACCCUGCCUACCCUCGCUACCCGUCCUACCUUGCUCCCACUGCACCGGCAGACCCUGAACCCGUUGAACCUGCUAUUGAUGUUAGAACUCCUGAGAUCGUAGAAACUCUUGAGGAAGUGGCUGCUCUUGAAAAAGAGGCUGCACCUACUAAAGCUGCAUUAUUAGUAGAAGCUGCACCAGUAGUACAGGCUGUCGUAGAAGCUGUAAAUGUCGAGGAAGCUGCAACUGUUGACGAAGCCGCUCCUGUAGAAGAAACAGCGCCUGUUGGGGAAGCCGCGCCUAUUGAGGAAACCGCGCCUGUUGGGGAAAGUGCUCCUGUUGAGGAAGCCGCGCCUAUUGAGGUGGCUACUCCCGUCCAAGAAGCUACACCUGUCGAGGUUGCAGAAUCGCCAGACGAAGAGGCAGCCCCUGUCGAAACCGAGGACGACGAAGAACUUCUCAUCGAAGCUGCGAUGGAGAUGGAAUUCCUAGCAAUGUUGCUUGGCAACUGGUGCGUCCCUGAGAUAAUCAUCACAUUAUCAGCAUUCACUGGCAGUAAAAGAAAAAACAAUAAAAACUCCACCUCCCACAUUGCCCUUGAGCAGCCGCACGAAACAUUAGUCCGAGACAGCGGACUAUAGUACUGAACGUCGCCCUCUAGCAGUCUGGCUUAAAUGAACGUUUGUUUUUCUCUUCCAUCUGUUGGUGUACUUUUAAGUAUUUAUGGUAAAAGCCGUUUGCUUAAUCAAAUAAAAUAUAUAUAUGAAUAUGCUUUCACAUUUUCUGGUCUGAAUUUUUAUUUUCGAAAUUAUCUUUCUUGCUGUCAAACAUUACAACACCCACUCCUUAAGAAUCUCAUUUCCAUCGUAACAGCAUUUAGUACUUCCCAUUAACAAUAACAAUUAUGUUUUUUACGGUAGCAACAGCUUCGGGCUUUGUCAUUAUACUCUUACCUAUAUGUGCUGUGUAAGGUAUGUUAUAAAAAUUAAAUGUGUGAUUGGCUUUUAUUGGUUAUUGAUUUUUGUUUCUGUAAUUCUGAAAUGCUUCUUUCGUCGCUUACAUUGUUUUCUAUCAAAUUUAGAGAGACCUGUAAUUAUGGAUUAUAAAACUAUGAAACUAUUUUCAUUCUCAUUAUGACUAUGGUUAUAAUUAUUAUCACAAUCAUUAUUAUGACAGCAGUAGAAGCAGUAUUACUGCUCUCAUCCUCAUUUCCACAACCGAAGUCACAAAGCCCCUCAAAAUGAUGAACGCAGUAUGGGUAUUGGACAGAGAAACAAAGGCAAAAGUCGGUGAUCCUAAUGCCAAAACGGAUCUUUUAGAAAUAAAUGCGAAAUUCAUGCGUGAAUAUAUUGGGGGAUUAUUGCUGAACAUGGCUAAGUGAUGUGCUAAUCAUCAGUUGUUAAGAAGACGACGUAAAUGUGUGGUUGCCGGUAACACGAAGGCCCUGAUUUGAAGGGCCUGUGUUUUCAUGUUUACUCAUAUUAUAUACGUACUUUUGUCAAAAACUACACUGUAGUUCCUUAAAAGGAUCAGGGAUGUAAAUUUGGCUUCGUAAUUCAUCAAACUGUAUAUUAAAAACUACUCUGGAAUAUCAUUUAUAUACUAUAAAAUUAAUUUCACUUGGUGGCUCAUGUUUAAAUUGAAAUGUAUUUUGUGAGCCCUUUCGCAUCCAUUAAAUGGCUGGGGAAUGACAGCAAAACAAACUGUUAUUUAUAUAACAACCUUCCCUUUCGCAUCCAUUAAAUGGCUGGGGAAUGACAGCAAAACAAACUGUUAUUUAUAUAACAACCUUCCCUGAUCAGAACCUGAA